CAAAAAGGGAUAUUUAUGAAACAGAAUUAUCCCAGUGGGUUAACAUGGAAGAAUUUAAAAGCCAUAGUCCUGAGAGAUGAAUUUUCAGAGAUAUCUGGGAAGGCAACUGUCAUUUUGAGCAACAUCAGGGACAAGAGGAGGGUUAUUUCAGACAACUUAUGAUUAACCAUGAAAACAUGCCCAUUUUUAGCCAACAUACUUUACUCACUCAAGAAUUUUAUGAUAGAGAGAAAAUCUCUGAAUGUAAAAAGUGUAGAAAAAUCUUCAGUUACCAUUUAUUUCUUAGUCACCACAAAAGAACUCAUUCUAAAGAACUUUCUGAAUGUAAAGAAUGCACAGAAAUUGUUAAUACACCAUGCCUUUUUAAACAACAGACAAUUGAAAAUGGUGACAAAUGCAAUGAGUGUAAAGAAUGUUGGAAGGCCUUUGUUCAUUGCUCACAACUUAAACAUCUAAGAAUUCAUAAUGGUGAAAAACGCUAUGAAUGUAACGAAUGUGGGAAGGCCUUUAAUUAUGGCUCAGAACUUACUCUACAUCAAAGAAUUCACACUGGUGAGAAACCUUAUGAAUGUAAAGAAUGUGGGAAGGCCUUUAGACAGCGAUCACAGCUUACUCAACAUCAGAGACUUCAUACUGGUGAAAAACCCUAUGAAUGUAAGCAAUGUGGGAAGGCUUUUAUUCGUGGCUUUCAACUUACUGAACAUCUGUGACUCCAUACUGGUGAGAAACCUUAUGAAUGUAAAGAAUGUGGAAAGACUUUUAGGCAUUGCUCACAUCUUACUAUACAUCAGAGAAUUCAUACUGGUGAGAAACCCUAUGAAUGUUGGGAAUGUGGGAAGGCCUUUAGCUAUCACUCAAGCUUCUCGCACCGUCAGAAAAUUCAUUCUGGCAAGAAACCUUAUGAAUGUCAUGAAUGUGGGAAGGCUUUUUGUGAUGGCUUAAAACUAACCCUACAUCAGAGGAUUCAUACUGGUGAGAAACCCUAUGAGUGUAAGGAAUGUGGGAAGACUUUUAGAUAGUGUUCACACCUCAAAAGACAUCAGAGAAUUCAUACUGGUGAGAAACCUCAUGAACGCGUGACAUGUGGUAAGGCCUUUAGACUUCAUUCACACCUUAUUCAACAUCAAAGAAUUCAUACUGGUGAGAAACCCUAUGAAUGUAAGGAAUGUGGGAAGGCCUUUAGCUAUCAUUCAAGCUUCUCACACCAUCAGAGAAUUCAUUCUGGAAAGAAACCUUAUCAAUGCGGGAAGGCGUUUAAUCAUAGAUUACAACUUAACUUACAUCAGACUCUUCAUACUGGUGAGAAGCCAGUCAGGUUUCCUCUCCUCCCUCCCCAUCCUAGUCUAGCAUCAUGAAAUUUGUUGAUGGAAAUAUACAUUGUCUUUGUUUUAUUUAAGAAAAAAGUUGGUAAGCCACCAAUUUCAUUAGUAUUGAUUUAUUUAAGUAAUCCUUGAAAAUCAAAUGUUUUUAAGUGAGAAAGUGGAAAACUAAUUAAAGUGUAAAUUUUGGUCUCAUUUUAAUGCUGUUUCUGAGUUAUUGUAUUAACCAUUAUUGAGAAUAAAUUUUUUAUUGAGGAUAAAUUUUCUAAAAUUACAUGUUUCACUGAA